UAUACAAGGUUUAAAGAAUAUUUUGAAGAAUUUGUAACCAAGAUAUUGAAAAGCUGGGUGGGCUGUUUUUAUAAAUCAUGGAGGCAAUUGAUUCUUCAACGAUUUCUUAAUUGGGGGAAAUUGCAUCUCAAAUUCUAUCGAGAUCGUCAAUUUUCGAUUUCGAUUCAAGUUUCUGUGCGAUGGGCACGACGGGCAGUGAUGUUGAAGCAGGGUUUGCGAAGCUUCAGGGCGAGGAUUUCGAAUACUAUAUGCAAACCUACUCCAUAAUCCUCGGCCGGAAUUCCAAGAAAUCCACCGUUGACGUCGACCUGUCCAGCCUCGGCGGCGGCAUGAACAUUUCCCGCCACCACGCUCGUAUUUUCUACGAUUUCACGAGGCGGCGAUUUGCCCUAGAAGUGCUCGGCAAAAAUGGCUGCCUCGUUGAAGGAGUUCUUCAUCUGCCCGGAAACGCGCCGGUCAAGCUCGAUUCUCAAGAUCUUCUUCAGAUUGGGGAUAAGGAGUUCUAUUUCUUGUUGCCGGUGAGGAAUAUUUUGGGUGCCUCGGUUGGGGCGAGGAGCUAUUUAGGUCAUUCCGCAUCGGCGGGGGCGGGUCCUGCGGUGGCUGGGGCGGUGGUGCCGCCGCACUCGCACUAUAAUUUUCAUUUGGCUGGCUCUGGAGGAGGCGCUGCUGCAGGGACGACGGGGAAGAAAGGGAAAGGACGAGAGUAUUAUGAGGAGGGAUAUGAGGACGACGAUGACAUUGGGGGAAGUAGCGGCAAGAAGUUCCGGCGGGAUGGGUAUGGAGCUGGUGGUUCUGGUGGAAAAGUGGGAUUUUCCGGCGGAAUGGUUUCCAUGGACAAGAAGUUAGAUGGAAGAUCAAGAGUUGAACGAGAAGCUGAUAAUCAGCUCCUCCAGGAGGAAAAGGACGUCGUAUCGUCGGUAGCUACCGUGCUGUCUGAUCUUUGUGGCCCGGGCGAAUGGAUGCCUAUGGAGAAACUCCACUCUGAGCUGGUCGAGAAUUAUGGCAGUGUUUGGCACCACAGUCGUGUAAGGAAGUACCUCAAAUCAGAGGAUCGGCACGGUUCUGAAGCCAAGGAUAAACCGUGGUAUGGCCUGCUUAUGUUGUUGAGAAAAUACCCAGAACACUUUGUGAUUAACACGAGAUCCAAGGGCCGAGUAACGCUCGAGUUCGUCUCGCUCGUUUCACUGCUUUCAUAGAGUCAGAAACUAGCUUGGUGUUGUUCCUGGGAUCUGGGUGUUUCGACUUAAAAACACGUAUGUAAUGAGAUGACAAGGAAUUGAUUCUCAAACCUUGUUGUCGUUCCUGAUUUGUGUUCGAACUAGUAGCGAUUUGCUGAACUCAAUACAUGUAAAUUAUCAUUCUUACUA